UCAAACCUGUGUUUUUAUUGGCUUGUUCGAGGGACUGGCUAAAGCUAUUGAGUGACGUUCUUUACAGCGGCCAUUGCAAUCACCCGGCGAGUGUAUCUGGAGGUCGGGUCUUCGACAGAAAGAGCAUAACCAUGGCAGGCCGCAGAGCUGCAAUCAAGGCUGUAGACUGGAUGGCGUUUGCAGAGCGGGUUCCCCCAAAUCAAAAAGCAAUGUUCAAUGCCCUGAAGACCCGCUGUGAUACUGCGGCUGCCAAACUGACGUCUCUCCCAGAGAAGCCACCAACCAUUGACUGGGCGUAUUACCGUGCUGCAGUUACCAAGGCAGGCUUGGUAGAUGAAUUUGAGAAAAAAUUUAGUGCCAUUACAAUCCCUGAACCAAAGGAUACUCAGUCAGAGAAGAUAAAUGCCCAGGAGCAGGAAGCUGCUAAGAGUGCUGCAACCUACAUCCAGGAAUCGAAAGCCAGGAUUUCUCAGUAUGAAAAAGAGUUAGAGAAAUUCAGAAACAUGAUCCCCUUUGACCAGAUGACCAUUGAAGACUUAAAUGCAGCAUUCCCAGAAACCAGACUGGACAAGGAAAAGAAUGUGUACUGGCCUCACAAACCUAUCAGUGAAUUGUAAAAUCUGAGAACAUCAUUGUAGAGUCACCAAUGUAUAGUGGUUCUUUUGUGACUUUGUUAUAAGAUGUCGUAACUGAAUAAAGGCCUGAGAUUUAUGGUG